AUGCUGGAGAGCUACUAUGAAAUGUGCAGCGGCCCUGUUGGCUUGCAGUAUGUUCCUAUGAAUAAAAAGGCUAAUAAUGCGUCGUCAUCAUCGUCAUCCAAAGCGAAAAAUCACUCAACGCCAACUAAGAAUGAACUAUCGCCCGCAAGCAUGCAGUCUGUCUCUUUUCAAUGCGAGCAAGCGAAUGGAACAGCGAAAGACACUAGCGGGCACAUGGAGGCCCGCACCGCGGUAUCGAACAACGCGAUAGGUGUGAGUGAAACCAGUAAUGGGUGCAGUACUAGGCGCUGCGGCGAGAGCGGGACAGCGACAGGCGGUGGUGAGGCCCAGCCACAAGGUACCGCGGUUUCGACUGGACCGGUUAGUGAACUUGAACUUGAUUGUGCGCGCGCGUCGAUCGACAAGUCGGCGAUAUUACCCAGUGUUAAUUCCAAAACAGCUGUUACUAAUAUGUUGCCUUCUUUGUUAUUAAAUAAAAAUGUCAGUCAGGAUGCUAGGAACUGCUCACAGGUAACUAAAGAGAAUUCUGAAUGGUCGGCGACUUUAGUCUGUCUCCAGGAGACUUGGUUACUCAAUCACGACUGUACUGUAUCUGUUGAUUUUGAGUAUAUAGGUAAAAGUUCAGUAGACAACGGCGAAUUAUUGGUUGGUAGACCAUAUGGUGGCGUAGCCAUACUAUGGCGAAAGGGCAUUUUUGAUAGUGUUUCUGCUAUAAAUUGCAAUAGUGACAGACUGUUAGCUAUCAAGGCUACUAUAGGUGGUCGCUCCAUACUAGUCUUUUGUGUAUACAUGCCAGUGAAAGCGCGAGAAAACUUACCUAUUUUCACAGAUAUUCUUAGCAAAAUUAGCUCAAUUGAGGAGGGUAGUGGUGUUCAAUCCGUGAUUAUUCUAGGAGACUUUAACGCACAACCUGGCCAACUAUUCUUUACCAAGCUCAAUAGCUUUUGCACGGACAGAUCUUGGGUGUGCGCAGAUAUAGAAUUUUUAGGGAUUCAUUCAGACACGUUCACC